CAAUUUACAGAAAGCAAAGAUGGCAGGUGCGUUAUGUAAAUGGGUGCACACCGGUCAUCGAUUGCGUACUUCAUCAUCAUCAGUAUUUGGUGGGAUUGUGCAGUUUGUCAGCCAAAAACGGACAAUUGUUAAAAAGAGUAAAUUAAAACUUGAUCCAGACACUUAUCCAAAACCGUGGCCCUAUAAGGAGAAGGGAUACCGAUGGCAGCACGUUCUUGUUGAUCGGACGCUGAAGAGAUUUCAUGAAAAUUCGAAAUUGAUAGUGGUUGAAGGAAAUAUCGGUUCGAACAAGUCAGAUAUGGCUCGGUCACUUGCGGAUCGAUUAGGUUUUUAUUUUAUUCCGGAAUUUCAAAUGGAUGAAGUUCUGAUAGAUCGGUUUGGUAACGAUUACAGAAAUUACUAUCAUUUGUUUCCAAAAUCCUUCCGUCUGUUCGACAUGAAUAUGUUCUACAAGGAUCCUUUUAAUGACGAGACAGCAAAGAUGCGUGAUCGUAUUCUUAGAUGCAAGUUCGACCAGUAUUUGAACGCUGUAGCGCAUGUUAUGAAUACUGGUCAAGGUGUCGUUUUGGAGCGUACUCCGCAUACUGACUUUAUUUUCGCUAACGCAUGUCGUGUUAAAAAUUACAUUGGACCAGAAUAUUUUACCUAUUAUUACAUCGAGCGCAAGAAUAUGAUACCAAAUUGCCGCUUCUGGCCACAUCUGGUCAUUUAUUUAGAUGUGCCGGUCGAUAAAUGCUUGGAGAACAUUCGUCAGAAGGGCAGUACAGACAAAAUUGCAGUUGUCGAUCGGACCUAUUUGCAAACAAUCGAGGAUUCAUAUAAAGAUGCCUUGAAAGAAUUUAGGAAGCAUUCCGAAAUUUUGGUUUACGACUGGACAACGCCUGGAAAUGUGGAUAAUGUUGUGGAAGAUAUUGAAGAUAUGGAUUUUGAUUUCUUUGAGCAUCACAAAAGCGACGUUUUUGGAACUUGGGAAAAUGGAAAAAACGAACUAGACUACUCUAUUGCACGAAAUUUUGUAACGGACAAAAGAGAGGCACAUGCGUUAGCAUUUUUGGGUCUUCCUGAGCAUGAAUGUGGCGAGUUAUAUCAAAGUCCUCGAGAACUUGGUCGCUAUAUUCAGUGUAUUCAUAAUGAGAUUCUAAAAACACCAUAUGUUUAUUCGGCAAUCAAGAAUAAAGGCGAUAAGUUUGGUUGGUUCAGCAAAAUAAGCACAUUCACGAAAGGGGAACCAUGGUUUCAGUAUUAUUACAAGGACGCAUAUCUAGAAGAUCUUGUUGGUGUCCAAGAAGUAAUCUCCGAUCCAACACAUCAGAGUUACUAUAAUCAGAUUCAUAAUGAACACUAAGUUUUUCAUGAAUGUGUAUAAGUUCACACUAUCUCUCUCAUUUGUAGAAUUUUAGUUUACCGGAUGAUUUAAAUAUGUGAUAUCGUGUACAAAAUUGAAGUAUGACGAAGUGAUGAAAACUUAUCUAAAGUGUAAAGCAAAUUAAUUGAUUAAAUAUAAAAUCUGAAUAUGGGAAUAAAUAAUAUAGUAUUCUGGUGUUUUGCAAAAUGAUC